UUUUUUUUUCCUCUUUCUUUUAAUUCAAACACCAAAACAAAAUGUCUGCUGUUAAUCCCAAGGCUUUCCCUCUUGCUGAUGCUUCUUUGACCAGCACUAUUCUCGAUUUAGUUCAACAAGCUUCUCAUUACAAGCAACUCAAGAAGGGUGCUAACGAAGCUACCAAGACUCUUAACAGAGGUAUUUCUGAAUUCAUUAUCAUGGCCGCUGAUACUGAACCUUUGGAAAUUCUUCUUCACCUUCCUCUUUUAUGUGAAGAUAAGAAUGUUCCUUAUGUCUUUGUUCCUUCUAAAACUGCUUUGGGACGUGCUUGUGGUGUCUCUCGUUCUGUUAUUGCUGCUUCUGUUACCACUAACGAAGCUUCUGACUUGAAGCCUCAAAUUUUGAACAUCAAGACUCAAAUCGAAAAGCUUCUUAUCUAAAUUGUGUAGAGCACCCUCUAUUUCUAGAUAUUUUAUUUUUUUUUCUUUUUAAUAUUUGUAUAUCACUCAAGUAUUAUUUUUCUUGAUGAUCAUCGUUGGUGCUGAGGGCGUUUUUAUACUAUUUUAUUAUUAUUUUUUUCUUUUUUUCAAAACUAUUUGUUCAAAUGAUGCACUAGCAGUGAAAGAAAAGUUUUAUUCUUUUUAAAUUCCUUAUAUAAUCUGUCACUGUAAAUAGCAUUCAAAAAUAAAUAAAUAUGAUAUAAAUCUA